GUGCUCGCCUGCACUCGGAUUCGGUCUCGGCUUUGGCGCUGCAGUGUCUGCCAAUGUCGCUGCUGGCGCGGGCGUGAUCGCCACACCUCUUGGCGCAGGGGCUGGCGCUGGCGUCAAUGCCGGCGUUGCUGUAUCUGCCGGUCUUGGCUUGUAGGUGCUAUGUGCCACUGCAUUGGACGCCAAAGCUGACAUUGCACGCAGCGAUACAUUCCAUCAGUGCUACACGAGCUGCUGCAAUGGGCAGCCGACUGCCACGCCCAAGCCGGUCGCAGCACCACAGCCAGAGCCUUGUUACGACUAGGAUCUGAAUUGAAGCCCAAGUGCGAGGGGAUGAUCGGCAGCAAAGUUUUGU